AAUGUGGAAAAAUAUAGAAAUUAUCACUGUUGAUAAGGCUAUCAGUAUAUUGAAAAAAGAUGGUGAAGAAACUGCUGAUAAAAAGCUGAUAUUAUUGGCUCUAACAGAAGCAAAACAGAUUGAAUUGAUAAAACACCUUCCAAACAUUAUGAAAUUAAUUUAUAAUGUUACUAAGAGUUUAUGGGGGAAAAUCUCCAGAAAACAACUCAAAGAAAAAACCCUACAUUCUUACAAACAAGAUGAUAAAAGAGUUUAUGAAGAGUAUAUAGAAUUGUUUAAGUCAUUUGAAAAGGCAUGGAAGAGCUGCAGGAACAGUCUAAAGAAAAUUAAAGCAAGUUCACAUGAAAUAGAAUUAAGAUCAAAAAAAGAGACUAUAACUUAUAAUUUUAAGUUUUUAAGACAUCAACUAUCUUAUUUAUGGUUGAAUAAUCAUCCUGAACUAAGAUUUAACAAUAUUCCAUACAUUGUUUGCAACAAUGAUGUUUUAAUGAAAACUAAAUUGAAAAAAUUGAACAUUAAGCAAGUUACAUUGGAUAAAGAUAUUGCAGAUCAAUUAUCUCAAGAAUGUCUGCUUAUAGAUGAAGUUUAUAAUAGUUGGUCAACUCUAAAUACUGCUAUUGACUAUUUAUCAACUUUGUCAGAUGUUUCCUCAAACAAAAAGUUAAAUAAAUUUCUUAAAGAAUUGAGCCUGAAAACUGACUGCUUCCCAAAAGCUGUAAAAGAAUGUUGUAAUGUUGAGCAUGUUGAAGAUCUUUGGAGUAUUUUGGAUAGAGAACACAAUAAAUUAUUAAUUGAUCAUCAACUAUUUAUAGUUCCUGAUGAUGCUCAACUGUGUCAAAAGUGUAAAGAAGCAAUUAAGAAAAGUGUUGAACAAAAGGCAAAAGUAGCUAAUGAAAUCCUCAUUCACUGA